CAUUGCUGAGGCAUUGAAGGGGAAAGAAAAGAAGCCAUGGAUUUCUUAGGCAGCAAAAGGGUUUUAAUCGUUCUUGUAAUCCUUGUAUCUGCUGCUAUUCUGGUACAGAGUAUGCAACCUCCAAAUGGUAAGCAACCUCCGAAACCUCCAAACGGUCAGCAACCUCCAAAACCUCCAAACGGUAAGCAACCUUUGAAACCUCCACACGGUGAGCAUCCUCUGAAACCUCCACAUGGCGAACAUCCUCCGCAACCACCAAACAGUAAGCAACCUCUGAAACCUCCAAACGGUGAGCAUCCUCCGAAACCUCCAAAUGGUGAGCAUCCUCCGCAACCACCAAUCAAUAAGCAACCUCCGAAACCUCCAAGCGGCAACCAACCUCCGAAACCUCCAAAUGGUAAGCAACCUCCAAAGCCUCCAAAUAUUAAAGUUUGCUAUGCCAAGAAAAGCCCGUGCUUUGGGAAGCAGGUACAAUGCCCACAGGAAUGUCCAUCCGGUUCACCGACAGACAAAAUGGCUAAAAUGUGCUAUCUCAACUGUGAAUCUCCUAUAUGCAAAGCUGAGUGCAAAAGUCCCAAGCCUAAUUGUAAUGGCCCUGGAUCAGCAUGUCAGGACCCUCGCUUCAUUGGUGGAGACGGCAUUGUCUUUUACUUCCACGGCAAGAAAAAUGAGUACUUCAGCUUAGUUUCUGAUCCCAACCUCCAAAUCAAUGCCCGGUUCAUUGGCAUCCGCCUUGAAGGCCGAGCCAAGGACAACACUUGGAUUCAGGCCCUUGGACUCCUCUUUGACUCCAAAAGCUUCUCCCUAGAGGCCAGCAAAGCAUCAACAUGGGUUGAUGAAAUCAACCACUUGAAAUUCACAUACAACGGAGAGGAGCUAAUCAUCGCUGAAUCUCAUCUCUCCACAUGGGAAUCUCCGGACAAUGCCAUUAUAGUGGAGAGAACAUCAAGCAAGAACAGUGUCUUGGUAAUUCUACUGGGAGUUGCUGAAAUUUCAGUAAAUGUGGUGCCUGUGACAAAGGAAGAUGAUAGGAUCCACAAUUAUCAGUUACCGUCAGAUGACUGUUUUGCUCACCUGGAAGUACAGUUCAGAUUCUACGACUUAUCCUCAAACGUUGAAGGAGUGCUCGGAAGGACUUACCAGCCAGAUUUCAAGAACCCGGCAAAGCCAGGAAUAGCUAUGCCAGUGUUGGGAGGUGAACACAAGUACAGAACAACAUCACUCUUCUCUGCAGAUUGCACUGCCUGUGUGUUCACUCAACCCAGUGAGCUGGAUCAGACAGAUUCAAGGGUGAUGGAUUACGGAAUGCUUGACUGCACAGGUAAUUCCUUCGGGGGAAAUGGAAUAGUUUGCAGGAAAUAACUGAUAAGUCACAAGCUCAUGGAAUAAGUGAAGGUUUUAAACUUCUCAGAUGAUAAUUUAAAGCUGUGUGGUCAAGAGGUUUGGGACAUAAUCCACCUCUUAGUGUUUUUCGUUUUCGUUUGUGUCAAUUGUGAAUUUCCAGACUUUAUUUCUUCAGACAAUUUGGCUUUUAAAUGUAGCCGUUUAUUUUAAAUUUUGUACUCAUGUAAAAGAUAAAAGUAUGCAGUUUAUCGAAAAAAAUUUAGUUUCAUGCUUA